UUCUGGUUGCUCUCUGAUGGAAAUAUGAAGAUCCUGCUGCUGUUUGGGUUCCUCCUGCACGUUUCCCAGCAUGCCCGAGCUGGAGUGGUGGAGGCUAUUGAUGGAAUGGAGUCUGUCUUCCUGCCCUGCAGUUACUCUAGACAAGUCCCUGAAGAGCCCUUACUUAUAUGGACUAGUGGUGAUUUCAUUCCCAACUCUGUCCACCUACGAAGAGGAGAACAGGAUGAUCUGAAAGAUCAAAACCAGCAUUUUAGAGGACGGACCUCAAUGGAACCGGAUGCUCUGGAGACCAGAGACUUCAGGCUUACUCUGAAGAAACCUCAGAUAUCUGACAAGGGAUAUUACACCUGUAGCUUCUUUGAUGGAAGAGAAGAGAUCAUCAUGACCACCAUUCAUCUGAAGGUCAAAGGUGAUCAGGAGGAGGUGAAGCUGACUGGAGGAGCAGAGUUUGUCGUCCUGCCCUGUAGAACAUCAACUAAACUGCUUGAGAAGACAUUAGUGUAUUGGACUCGUUCAGAACCAGAAUUCAACACGGUUCAUGUUUAUUCAAACACAAGCAAAGACCAAAAUAAAGAGGACAGCCUUUACCGCGGCCGCACAAAGCUGAAUGAAGACCUGCUGAGAACUGGAGACCUGAGUCUGACCCUAAGUUACCCCACAGAGAGAGACAGUGGGACCUACAUCUGCACCGUCUACAGGGACGAGGACAUCCUCAGAUGGAAAGUGGUUCUGAAACAUGUCACAGAAACAUUUCCAUCCUGGGCCACAGCUCUCCUGGUUCUACUGGUUCUGUUGAUCAUUUCUGCAGGUCUUUUAUAUCGUUUUCGCCACCGUUUCAUCUCAAGAGAAGAGGGGAUGGAGCGGAUGGCCUUAUUGCAGAAGCAACGUUUAGCAGAAGGUAAGACAUAUAGAUUACAGUAAUGACAUACUGUAGUGUGAACAUUCAAUGAAAAUAGAGCUUUUGCCUCUU